AUGCACUCCCAUGGUUGGGCCAUGGAGAAAGCCCAUUACUACAGCAAAAAUCUAUAUAAAGCUGCAAACGGCAGUCGAUGGGUUUGGAAGUGUCCGGAAUUAGCAGUUUUGGGAUUUUGCGAGCAUGGACUGGAGUUUGAGGAAGCGCCUGGACUUGCAUACAAGGGCAAAUUCUUUCGUCACUUUGACGACCAAAAUAAGAUGGUUAAGAAGUUCUACAUACCAGGAACUGUGACUGGAACUGUGAAGGGCCAGAAAGCAGCGGAGGAAAUAGCGAGAAUAGAGGCGAGAAGUAAGGUAAAAAUUAAGGCGAGAAAAAAGGCAGAAAAGAGACGCCGAAAAGAAGCGUGGCUGGCGUUAGUGUCAACAUAA